AAUUGAGUUUAUGAAUGUACUAUUGACAAUCAAACAGAUAUUAUGUUUUGUCAAUAUUUGCUUAAUAAGUUGAAGCACAUUAUAAUUAAUCAUCGUGUUCGACCACUUGCUAGCAGCAUGUCUCAAAGAGAUGUAGCUAAAAGAAUAGUAUGGAUGGACUUAGAAAUGACAGGCUUAGAUAUAGAUAAAGAUCAUAUACUUGAGAUAGCAUGUCUGGUGACAAAUGCUGAUCUUGAUAUUGUUGCCACUGGGCCAAAUCUCAUCAUACACCAACCGGAAGAAAUACUGAAUAGCAUGGGACAGUGGUGUACUGCUCAACAUGGUGAGAGUGGACUGACGGAGGCUAGUCGAAAUUCGUCCCUGUCAAUACAAGAAGCUGAAAGACAAGUUUUAGAAUUUGUUAGUCGCCAUGUUCCUGAAAAUAGAAGUCCCUUAGCAGGCAACAGUGUUUACAUGGAUAGAUUAUUCAUACGUAAAUUCAUGCCAAAACUGGAUUCCUAUUUACAUUAUAGAAUUAUUGAUGUUAGCACAAUUAAAGAGCUGGGAAAGCGGUGGUAUCCAAAGGAGUUCUCUAAAAUACCUCAGAAAAAAUUUAAACAUAGAUGUAUGCAUGAUAUCACGGAGAGUAUAGCAGAAUUAAAAUAUUAUAGGGAAAAUAUUUUUAAAAACUAGCUGUGUGGGGAAUGACUUCGGAAAGGGCUAUAAAAAAAGAACAAAAGUAGUGGAUUGUACUCAUUUACAACAUUGAAGCAUAAUUUCUUACAUGGCAUAGAUUGCGUAAAUAUCUCUAUUUGGAGAAAAAAAUACAUGUAUAUAAUAUUUUUGACUCAUUUCUUAAAAGAAAAAAUAUGACAAAGGUUGUAAACAAGGUUGUCACAUUUUUUGCGUACCAUAGAGAUUUUAAGUGAUGUAAGUACCGUUCGCAAAAUGGAAUAUUUUUAGGACUGUGAUUGCUAAUCCGUAAACCAUAUAAUAAAAUUAUAUGGUUAUAAGUUAUAACUAUAAUUAUUAACCUCUUACUUAUUGGGUCACUCAAGCGAACGUCAUUCCUUAAUACGGGCUCAUGUUUGCGCAAGUUUCCUACUUGACGUUACUUUAUUAUAUUUUCGACGUUAAUUUAUUAUGUAUAUAUUUUAAAACAACUUUAGCUAAGUUUUUAAAAAUUGACAUCAAUUCUAAUUAUAAAACUUAAAAUGGCAGUUUUUGAUUUUUAAUGCUUUAAUUAUUAAUAUUUUAUUUUUUACACCUAAAUGUUAAUAAUAAAAUCAACAUUUUUGGCAAUACGGCACUUGCUUUUCAGAUUAUUGUUUACGAAAACAUUAAGUAUAUAGUCUCUUAGUGAUACAAACAACAACAGCACUAGUUUCAUUAACACAAGAUCAACUAUUCUUCCAUUAACAAAGAUACAGACGUACUAUAUACUUAAUUUAGUGAUAGGUGUUUUUCAAUUAAUCAGCUGUUGUUUUUAUCGAUAACAGAAAUGACCAGUGGAAUGCUAUAAGCGAUAUUUAUAAUAAAUUUUAGUAGUAGUGUUAACUGGUUUAAUAGGUGGUAGAGCUAUGCUGCAGCUAAGCAGCUAUGUAUAUAGCCGCAGCGUGAAUGGUUUUGUUCGACCUGCUGGCUGCUGUGUUUUGUGCAGUAAAUUUAAAAAAUUGAGGCCCCUUUUUACUAAACGAAUGAGGCAUUCUAUUAGCAUGUCAUCAGGCAUUCCUUCUUAGUACUCAGGGUUGAUAAUUUUUUUAUUCAUCUGCAUUACAAUUCUAUAUUAAAGGUAGAUGUAGAUGUCUACGGGCCACAGCAUCCACUUACCAUCAAGUAGAGUGUGCGCUCACUGUGUGACAAAGUGUGACAACUUUUGAUAUAAUUUAAUAAAAAUGGAACAGUUAUGCCCACUAUGUACUACAAUUUUAAUUUUAUUGUUAUUUUUAAACGGUGCCUCAAUCUGGAUAUCGUUUAAAAUAGCGACUGUAUAAAAUAGAUCAAGCUGUCUAGUGUUAGUACAAAGUUAGUGUGGCGGCGCUGUCGUCGCGCCACAAGCGAAACACAUCGAAACCUAAAUCGCACUAACAAAGUUCCGAAGUUAAAAGCAGUAUAUAUAGAAUAGCUCCGAACUACCAAUCGGAGCGUUGGCCGCUCCCCGGGCAGAACUCCUUGCCUGGCGGGAGAUCUCCCCUUUUCCACCCGCCACUGUGGUGACCAACCGACGUGAUAUGAACACGCAACCAACAACCUUCGGAAACUACAACUUCAAAAAAACCUUCGUCAUCGUCCUCAAGUAACCCCAUUCGUUCGCUACCGAGCAGAUAUUGUCUGCAGUCUUCAGCAUUCUGCAAGCCAUCUAGCUUUAUAAAGGUUCAUCGCAGCACUGGAAUAAUAAUGCUUCCUGUUCCUUCAAGCUACUCUCUGCGCUACAGUGUUCGGCACGGCUCUGAGCCUUACUGCUCGCCUCUGCUUCACGUCACUCUCGCAGAUUGCUUGACUUCUUCUUGACUCACCGCAGACUACAAGGCAAUCCCUGGUACUUGUUCUGGCUCAUCGUUCUCACUGGCAUCACUUGCAAGUGCGUAGUACGGCAUGCAUUACACACCGGCAUAUAGUUCGCACCGGCGUCAUUUGCCCUUACACACACAGCAGGAAUUCCCCACCGGCAUUAAGGACGCACUGGCAAUCGGACUGCACUAUCGACCUCCGGUCUGAGCAGGGGGGUGAUGUGGCGGCGCUGUCGUCGCGCCACAAGCGAAACACAUCGAACCUAAAUCACACUAACAAAGUUCCGAAGUUAAAACUCUUUUUCUUGCUCGCAAUACACCAUCUUCUAUUAUGGGGUCGAGCUUCCUCAAGGCGCUGCCGUUGACCAAAUUCUUCCUUUGCUGGAGUCGGCUGAUGUCUUCAGCAAAACUGUCGAGCUGGCUGCGUUUUAUCCAUAGCCGCUCUGCUCUCUGGAUGUGCUGUAGGGUUAGUUCUUGAGCCCUUCCUCGCAUGGCGUCGAUAAACUGCAUGAUCCUUGCUGUGGCCCUGAUCAACUGAUCCACAAUCCAAAACCUGGUCAACAAUGUCUGGCAGGUGUGGGGAGUCCUUGAUUUCGACGUGAUGCGCCACGAUUUCCUCUAAGUUGUCAUCUUCCCCUGCCCUCCCUUGUUUUUGCUGUGGCCAUUCGCUUUCUUCCUUGUAGGGAAAUGACGGUCCGGUGAACCAUUGAUCGCUUUCUCUCGUGCUUACGAAGUUCAUGCGCGUUAUUUGGUCUGCUAUAUUAUGUGCAGUUGGGAUCCAUCUCCAUUGAUCGGGUGAGGUUUUCUCGGCUAUCUCACAGAGUAGAUGAGCUACAUAUGGAGUGUAACGCGCUGUAUCGUUCCUUAUCCAGUGAAGCUCCGUAGUAGAGUCCGUCCAAUAUAUGACCCUAUCUGCUCUCACUCUGUGUUCGAUCUGCACGAAUUCCGCGAGUCGCGCGCCUAUUAAAUUCGCCUGUAGCUCUAACCGCGGUAUACUUUGCGCCUUAAUCGGGGCGACUUUCGACUUUCGUCUUAUUAACGUAACCCUAACCGUAUCUUCGCGAUACCGGAUACGCCAAUAUGCUGCGGAUGCGUACGCGCGUUCACUUGCGUCGUUGAAUACGUAAAGUUGACGCUCUACUAGUCCCCCCGUAGGACCAUAGCAUCUCGGAAGUCGCAGUUGUGAUAGUUCUUCGACGACUUGCAGCCAUCUCUGAAACUCGUCUCCUACCUCCUCGGGUAGUUCAUCAUCCUAUCCGACCUUCUUCACACGCCACAAAUCCUGCAGCAGGAUCCUCGCUGUGAUUGUGAGGUAGCUGAGCAGACCGAGUGGGUCCAAAACCGACAUUACUGCGCUCGACGCCUCUCUCUUGGUCGAGGAGGUUGCGAUCGAGGAGGUCGAUGGAGCUUCUUCACAUCGUACGGCAUUCUAUUCAUGAGAGAAUACUUUUGGAUGGAGAGACCUUUGGGGUCCUUAGGUUUGAGGUUGGUCUCCUGGAGGAGGAGGAGGAGGUCGGCUUCGCGAUCUCGUAAAAAGAGCUUAAGCUCAAGGAGGUUAUUAUGCAAACCGCGGAUAUUAAAGGAAACAAGCGAUAAACCCUUAGGCUUAAUACGACCGAGACGUACGGUGAGAGCAGAAGGCUCUGACAUUAUUUUAAGUUAAAUUAAUUUAACUUACAAGAGCAAGGAAACGUUCCUGAGGGGACUGAGCAGCGUGCUAGGAUGGCAAUCUCCCCUGUGUCGAUGCUUCUAAUAACAGAAUAAACUGUAUUCAGGUCAUCAGCCAGUGAGGAUUGUGCUUGGUGUGGGGCGGUGGAUGUCCGCGGGGUUCAGCCUUUUUGGGGCCCCAGGGGAAACGGGAAAAGCCCAGAGGGUUCGAGGAGGGCCCUAAGGGGCCUAGGGGGACCCUGAGAACGCCUGAUGGGGCUGGGAAAAGCCCUGACGGGGCAUUUUUGCUGGGAGAGCCGGGAAUGAAUUAUCAUUGAUUGGCGGUGGAGCUGGUUUGGCAGCUUUGGUAGGACGGGGGCCAGGAGCGCGAAGACAGCCUCUGUAGUUGGCCGGGUGGCCAGACAGCUGGCAUAGGACGCACGCGGGUGUGGAUUUGGUAUUACGGGCUGAGGACACUUUUGAGCUAUGAGGGUCUAGGCAAUUAACGCACCUGGGGGUGGGGGGUGUGAGCAGUUGGCCGUCGCAUGCCUAUAGAGUUGACAGCGGCGGCACUGCGCCGGAUGACGCUCGAUAUGUGGAGGCUCGACCUUUACUCUCGACCAGCCGCACACGGUGCGUACCUACCGGAAGAUGUCUGGCCUCCGGCACGUUAGUCAAGAUUACAAUAGCAAGCGGGAACCUCUCGCCCUUGUUGCUGUGCAUCUUGUGCACAGCCUCGAUCUGGAAGCCUUGGGAUUUAAGGUCCUCUAGGAUGUCCUCGUUGGAGAGUUUGAAGGUAACUCCGCGGAUGACAGCACUGACCUUACGCUCUGCCGAAAGAGCGUGUAGGACACACGCUCGGCUGUGAAGAGCCUGGUGACGCGACGAAAGUCGUUGAUGUACUGGGGGAUUAUUAUUUCGCCGAGGUUGGUGGCUUGGUCAUAUUUUAUACCUGUGUCGUAACAGGUUUUGGAAAGUCUGGUAAAUUGGCCUUUGUCUCUGAGGAAGACUGGGGGCGGGACCUGUUUCUUAGCGAGGGUGAGAGUGCAGCGUGAUGCUGGCUUGGAAGGGGAAGGGGAUGUCUAAUUACAUUAGGGGGACAACGGCAGCGGCGGGGGGUGAGGGUGGCACCAAGGGCUGCCGGGACGGGGGGUGUGCGAUUUUUAGUAGCGCGUUUCGGGUCGCGCUUGGAUUUCACUUUCGUGAGGGGGGGUUUCGUCAGUUAUUGUUCCGUCGGAAUCUGUCGACUCCGUGGAGCAGCUAUGGAUAUAUAACUAUGGAUGUAUUGUCAGUGUGGGUGGCAGACCUCUUCCGGGAGGACGACUUUACGGACCCGGUGUUCGAGCCACGAGCACUUCAUGGCGUUGGAAGCGAAGGACGCGGACGAGUCGCUCUGCGGGACAGCCGUAGAGGUCGCCGGGCAGUACGUGACAGGGGCCGGGGGUGACAUGCCUGAGGGGCAAGGGAGGUAAACAAUUUGACGAAAACGGUUUCGUCGAUUGCAGGUAAACCUAGGGUCUGGUUGUACUGGGUGAGGAAGGCCCUAAGAAUGUCCAGAGUGUACAUGAUUGGAUUAGACGUUAUACUCAAUGGAAACAAUGUGGGACUAGACGUUAG